UCACUCGGUAGUAGUCAGCCAAACGUGGUCGAGUUGGGUAGCAGUACGGUGCUACCAUUGUUGCUGUUUGUGUCAACUGUAUUCGGCCAACGGUUACGAAAAACGUGCACCUAUUAGGCACACUAUCGUCACAGCAGGCUAUCUCAUCGGCGCAGUUAUCUCAAUCUCGGAGUGGUGUGAUUUUCUGUUCCUACACUGCCGCAAUUAGGCCUUCCCGGAACAACAACGUUAUCGAAUGGCUAAAUGAUGCCUGAUAAAACUGCUAAACCGAUACCCAAGGCAGUACCUGGAACCCGUCAGCUAUAAUUAUCGAUUAAUCAGACACAAGCGCUCGAAAUCGAUAGAACGCAACCACCUCCAAAGGCACGCUACCACCUGGAUCACGCACCUGAAGCAUUCGCAACGGAUUGCAGUGCAGAAAAUCGCCAACAGAAACACCAACAACAACUAAACCAACCGUACGGUGGCGAACCGACGAAAGUCCAUUAAAAUGAAUCACACACCGACCGUAAGAAGCGUACCACCGUUCAGUGGGAAAACGACCACCAAGAGUCACCGAAUAUGACUGUGGGUAUGAAAGUCACCGUCACCGCCGCCGCCGCCGUUGUUCCACCGCCGAUACUACUAGCACCGUCACCGACGACACCACCGUGCGUCGGUCGACCGAAUAGAGUUGUUGUAGACCUAUCAUCGCAUGUCGCCAGCGAGAAGGCUUCAGUGUAGAGCAAGAAGCGCACCGAACCAGAGCCAAACGGAGUGUGCAGGAAAAGUAAUAAGGGCCAUUUUUCGGGUUCGUGCUGCAGUACACGUUUUUUGGAAUCGGGUUGCCGAAUGAUUGAUACCGAGGUUAUCGAGUUCUAAUAAUACAUUAAAAAAAGACUAGUAACUGUGAUAAGCCGAAUUCAAAAACUGAUAAGGAGUGUUUUGUUCUGCGGAUUUAAAAGUGAAAUAAGCAGUGAUCUAUCGUGAAGACGGGAGAGAGAGGGAUAGAGGAAUAAAAUACCGAACAAAACAAUGAAGCCCAGACUAAGCAGUGGAUUAUUAGCGUUGAUGCUGGGAUUGAGCGUAUGCUUGCAGGUCCUUCAAGCUUCUGCGAAAAAUACUGACAGCAGCAGCAAUACCGACUAUCACUACGCCGACGAGUAUGACGAUGAUGAAGACUAUGACUACAACUACAGCUACCAGGAUCAGAACCCGAAGGCAGCCGCUGACAAUGACAAAUUGUCAUCGACCACCACAUCCAGCACCACACCAACUACCACUCAAGCCCCACCGGUAACCAGCAAAUCGACAGCUGCUCCGCUGUGGAGUGACGAGGAUGUCGUACGCGAGGUCUACCCCUGUCCCCGAGAAUGCUCCUGUGAGGAUGGCACACAGUUUCUCAACUGUUCACAACGGUCACUGACCGAGAUUCCGCAGAAUUUGCCACGGGACGUCAUCCGGUUGGAUCUUAGCCGAAACAACAUCAAACAGGUUCCCGUCGAUGCGUUCCUAAAUUGCACCGAUGUACGGGAGAUUUUGCUAGAUCAGAACGUGAUUGAAGAGAUCGACAAGGAAGUGUUCGCCGGUUUGGUCCGUCUUGAUCUGAUAGGGUUGGCAGGUAAUCAGAUUGCACACCUAACACCGGAUACUUUUGUGGAGGCGCACUCUUUGCGAAGAUUGGUGCUUAACGAGAAUCCGCUCGUUGUUCCCGACGAUGGACCACUGUUGGUGCAGGAAGAACUGGAAGAGCUAGAGUUGGCCAGUUGUAACUUCACGGAAUUGAACCAUCAAACCUUUGGUGGAUUGGAAGGGCUUAAGUCGCUGAAUUUGGCCGGGAAUGUGUUUGAUGAGGACCUCAGCACCGACGUGUUCGAACCGCUGGUGAACCUCCAACGGCUGCAUCUGCCACCCCUUUCCGAGGAGACCGUACGGGAUCUGUGUGACGUGAUCAAAUCGAUCGAUGUCGUAGACAUCACCACGCAUAACAUCAGUUGCUUCUAUCUCGCCUCAGAAACAUCCUACGAAGAAAGUAUCAUCACUCAACGUCCGAUCACUCCCGAACCGAAAAGGGAACCAACAAAAGAUUCGGAUGAUCUUGACGCCACCAGUACGGCGAAACCAGCGAGAAAAAUGAUCACAGAGGAAAAUGAAAUCAUUCUAAACAAAGAGGAAAUGCAAAGUACUACGGAACACACGACCAAAGCCACAUCGCGAAGGACAAUCAGCACCACGACAAGAACUGCCACCACCACUACCACCAAAACCACCAGCAGCAGCACUGCUCCUCCAACAGUCAGUGGACCUUCGUCGGCCUCGAUCACUCACCCGGCGGCAGCAGACGACGACGACGACGUCAAGAAGGAAUCUACUCCCGAGGCUGGGAAACCUUCCAUGCUCGCCGCGAUCAGUUCGGAAACGAUGAAACAACUGCUGAUGGGAAUCAUCGGAGCCGGUGUGCUGAUUCUGAUUGCUGGUAUCGUGUGUAGGCGUACGGGACUGAAAAACAAAAUCUGCGGAUCCAAACGGAGGCCUGCACCGACGGAUCAGGUGCGACCAGCCGAGGAGGUUCCUCUGAAUAAGGUUUAAGGAUCGUCAGUUUAUUUACUAUAGAAUGUGCGUGCGUGUGUGCGAUAUUGUUUCAAAGUAUUAGAUUACGAAUGUCGUCUGCUUUGCUUUGAGAGGUGCGAAAUCUUGCCGAGCAGCAGCGGCAGAAGUAGGAGGACGAACACAUAAUGGGGCCUAGAGAUUUGCUGAGCAAAUACUCCGGACCAAACGCAUUUGUAAAUGUUAACGGGUAAGCAGGGGUAGUACCAGUAGUAAAAAAAGAAGAAACCACGAUGGCGUAAUUCUACGGGAACUGCCGUAAUCACCACGUGUAUAAUGGUAGUAGGCAAAAGAGCAAUGUAAUACACGAAUACGAAAACGCUUUUGUAAAUAUAGUUUAUGAGUGGAUGCGCGCGCGUAAUAAAAAGGUGUGAAACAGUGUGACACAUCGCCUGACUAACUGACCGACUGAGUGUAUCAAUGGAGUACAAGCGAAGUCGAAGGUUAAAAUGACGUACGCGAGGUAAUGAACGAAUGAGGGAACGAUAAGUUUAACAAACAGUUGAUAAGUAGAUUUUAAGUAGUAAGCAUCCACACUUGUGGACACACACACACAGAUACACACUAGAAGAUGGAACAUUCCUAGCUGGAAGAUAACAACCAAAAUGUGCGCCAUGGAAACAAACUGAACCGAACAAAUGUCGCGAUAGGAGAUGACAAGAAUACUACAGCCUAUUAUUUGAUAAAUUUCGUUAAUAGUUUAAGCAUAGGCCCCGUAAUCUUUCACCAAAAUGUAAUAUUCCCGCAAAUACGAUUGUCUAUAAAACCACAUUGUAUUCAUAAAAAAAUAAUUUAAAUUUUGUAUACGCUGUCCUUUCACAACUUUUUAUAGAAGAGAGUAGAAAACGUAGCACAGUGCUUAUCACCCUUGAUAUAGUCACAGUUUAGAUCAUUACGGCACAGGUCGAUAAUAUUCCUAGUUAAAUAACAUAAGGCUUUCCCAUACAUUAGUCAGGAAGUCUCGGACAAGAUAAAUAAUGGUUGUCCGAAGUCUAGGGUUUCAUUUGCGCUAUAUGAACGUUUAAAUAGUAGUGAUAAAAAGGCAAUUUUACCAUAACGGAGGGAAUUAGGUAGCUACAAAUAAAUACUUGAUCAUGUGGUAGAAAAAAUGGGGCAGU